AUGUGUGUAAAUAAGGCUGUGCCAGGAUGCAAGGGAGAGACCUAAGGCUCGGAGUCAGGAGUCUGUGAUUUUUGUCCUGGUCUGCCCAGUUGUGUGAUUUUAAGCAAGUCAGUGAACUUAAGUUCUCUUCUGCUUUUGUAAAACAGACCUAAUCCGGAAGCCCACAAGUGACAGCCUUCGGGUCCUUAGAAAGCUUGGCCUGGAGAAGAACACAUGAAAGAAAGAACCCCAAGAGGCUUUGUUUUCUGUGAAAAAGUAUUUCUAUACAGUUGCUCCAAUGACAGAGUUACCUGCACCCUUGUCCUACUUCCAGAAUGCACAGAUGUCCGAGGACAACCACCCGAGCAAUACUGUACGUAGCCAGAAUGACAGUAGAGAACAGCAUGAGCACAGCAGUGAAAGGCGGAGACGUGGCAACCCUGGGCCAUUAUCUAAUGGACGACCCCAGGGUAACUCACGGCAGGUGGUGGAACAAGAAGAAGAAGAAGAUGAAGAGCUGACGUUGAAAUAUGGCGCCAAACAUGUGAUCAUGCUUUUUGUCCCCGUGACACUCUGUAUGGUGGUAGUCGUGGCUACCAUCAAAUCAGUCAGCUUCUAUACCCGGAAGGAUGGACAGCUAAUCUAUACGCCAUUCACAGAAGAUACAGAGACCGUGGGGCAGAGAGCCCUGCACUCGAUUCUGAAUGCUGCUAUCAUGAUCAGCGUCAUUGUUGUCAUGACUAUUCUCCUGGUGGUUCUCUAUAAAUACAGGUGCUAUAAGGUCAUUCAUGCCUGGCUUAUUAUUUCAUCUCUGUUGUUGCUGUUCUUUUUCUCAUUCAUUUACUUGGGGGAAGUGUUUAAAACCUACAAUGUUGCCAUGGACUACAUUACUGUUGCACUCCUGAUCUGGAAUUUUGGUGUGGUGGGAAUGAUUGCCAUUCACUGGAAAGGGCCUCUGCGACUCCAGCAGGCAUAUCUUAUCAUGAUCAGUGCCCUCAUGGCUCUGGUAUUUAUCAAGUACCUUCCAGAAUGGACAGCGUGGCUCAUCUUGGCUGUGAUUUCAGUAUAUGAUUUAGUGGCUGUUUUGUGUCCAAAAGGCCCACUUCGUAUGCUGGUUGAAACAGCUCAGGAGAGGAAUGAAACUCUCUUUCCGGCUCUUAUUUACUCCUCAACAAUGGUGUGGUUGGUGAAUAUGGCAGAGGGAGAUCCAGAAGCCCAAAGGAAGGUAUCCAAAAACUCCAAUUAUAAUGCACAAAGCACCGAAAGUGAGUCCCAAGACCCUGUGACAGAGAGCGACGAUGGUGGCUUCAGUGAAGAGUGGGAAGCCCAGAGGGACAGUCGCCUAGGGCCUCAUCAUUCUACAACUGAGACACGAGCUGCUGUGCAGGAACUUUCCAGCAACAUCCUCACCAGUGAGGACCCAGAAGAAAGGGGAGUAAAACUUGGAUUAGGAGAUUUUAUUUUCUACAGCGUUCUGGUUGGUAAAGCCUCAGCCACAGCCAGUGGAGACUGGAACACAACCAUAGCCUGUUUUGUAGCCAUAUUAAUUGGUUUGUGCCUUACAUUAUUACUCCUCGCCAUUUUCAAGAAAGCGUUGCCAGCUCUUCCGAUCUCUAUCACUUUUGGGCUUGUUUUCUACUUCGCCACAGAUUAUCUUGUACAGCCCUUUAUGGACCAAUUAGCAUUCCAUCAAUUUUAUAUUUAGCAUAUUUGCAGUCAGAAUCCCAUGGAUUUUUCUCCUUUGACUAUAAUAAAAUAUGGGGAGGAAAAGAUGAUUUUCCUGUGUCCACAUCUAACAAAGGCAAGAUUCCCACCUGGACUCUUUGCAGCUUCCUUCCAAGUCUUCCUAACCACCUGUACCAUUGGGCGCUGGAAGGAGGUGUCUCCAGAAAAUGGUUCGAACAUGCGUCAUUGUGAUGGACUGAGUCCCUCGGUGCAAAAACUACCAGAUUUGAGGGACGAGGCUGAGGAAAAGGGACGGACCACGAAGUUACUGUGCUCCCACCAGCAGUGUAACCCUUGGUCACAGGUGGAUUUUACCAACACUGCAGACUCUCAGGACUACCAUUACCAAGAAAUUAAACGGCGUGGUGUAAACCAAACGGACUCUUCAUCUUAAACUACAUGUUGAAGAUCAACCUAAUGAACCUGUCUUGAAUUCUGAACCUUUGCAGGAGGUACUGUAAGGAGAGUGGGCACCAGCAGCAAAAUGAAAAGGUUUUUGAAACGGGGCUCCAACUUUCACUUUCAGACCUUUUUGCUGCAGACUUACCAUUUUUAAAUAAGACUUUUUUUUUUUCACCUUGAGUCAAGUCAGGUGUAUAGGUUGAUUUUGAAAAGUCUCGUUUUCAAGCACUGAAACUCAGUACCAUCAACGGUUACCAUUUCUUCCCAUGGACAGUCUGAACUGAUACGAGGUUGCUUUAUCCUAAAAGUCUUAACCUCAGGUUCCAAAUUCAGUCAUUUCUGGAAAGAAUGGAAUUAUAUCCAAACGGUUACCUAUCAGCCUUAGUUGAGUUCUGGAUUUUUCCACCAAAUUAUUUGUUUUUAGACAUAUUUACUGGUUCUCGUGCCCCUGGAUGCUUCCAUUCUUCCCGUCUCUCCCUGACUCCCCCAUAAGCAUUGUCUUAGACACACAGCAAAUGAGACAGUUCUGGUACUCUAGGAUCUUACUCUGUGUGGUGCAAAGAAUGUGUUACGAAUCAGUGCUGUCAGCCUCGCUGCCAUAAUUUCUUCAGUAGCAAAUACAAUGUGUGCCCAAAGACAGUGAAAUUAAAGAAGAGUAAAAUGGCUGGUGAAGCACUUUCUGUCCUGGUUUUUCUUUUUUAACUACAAUCCAUUGUCUCUGACUGUGUGUUGGAAUUUGGACCAACAGCCAAAAGCUGGUGGUCUGUAAAUCAGUUGUAUCAGUACAAAAUAAGAGUUUGGAGAAGGCCGUGAUUUUACUCGGUGAGCCGUGCGUGGGAGGACGUAGGGUCAGAAGGAGAACCAGCUGCCCAGAAGAGAAACAAGGGGCCUCUCUCAGCCAGUGGGACAAAGUGAGCUAACGGCCCGUGGGCAGAUGUUAAGGAGAACCAAGCUAUUCCUCAAGAACCUCACAGUGGGGGUGUCCUGCGCUUUCCCUUCUGCCUUACCUUUCCUUUCAGUAUGCCUUUGAUUGGGGCUGUCGGGCAGAGGCCCGGUGCGGCGCAGCUGGGGACAGAAGCAGAGCACCGGCCUGCGGGCACGCGGCUCCUCUAAGUGAAGCUCUGCCGGCACAACCGUUCUUCUGCCUCCGACAGCCCGCAGCAGCCGUGGGAUCGGACCGGAAGCAUUUGUGAGAAGCUUAGUGUGUCCUUGUGGCGGAACUGAAAGACCAGCUUUUCUUCCUGUUCCGGCUUUCUCUCCAGCCUGUCAUGUGAUCUGGUUGGUGGUUCUCCUUGCAGUUUAGAAUAGCUGUUUUCUGUCACAGAAUAUCGUAAACUAACCUGAGCAGUAGUGUGCUGGGCAUAACCGCGUAGGUAAAAAACGUGCUCUAAUAGGCAGUUGAGAACUGCAGGCAAAACAGAAGACGAGUGCUGUGCACAGGAAGGGCGGGGCGUGACGUUGUAGGUUCUCUCGUCUCUUUGUUUAGCCCCUUCUUUCCAAGAGACUUUAUCCUCAGAUAUGUAGCAAUGUGGGUUUUAUCUUCUGGAAGGACACCUGAAUGUGUUUGUGAUUUGUGGGAGUCUUGAGGGACCCCUGAUCUAGAGUGGUUGAUUUGUGCAAAGGUCCCAGAAAUACCCUAUCUUUCAUGAAAGGUUCCUCCUGGAAGAGGGUAUGUGCUGUGAGUGCGACUCAGUCCAUCCUUGCUGUCACUGUUCUGUGUAGAAAGAUUGCAAUAAAACUCACUUUCUCCAAGAUGGAACCACAUCUCAGCAUAGGCAGAACACCCCUUCUUUCCUGAACCCCCCCCCCCAUCUCAGAUGCAGAACUUUGCCUCGGAACUUUCUUCUUAGGGUCAGUUCAGCUGUUUCUGAAAUAUCAAAAUGCUAGUCUCCCCCCAUGAAAAGUAGAUUGUCACCAGGGAACACAGAAACAUGUCCAUGGCAGAUGUGCCCUCACACAGGGCAGGGGUGGCUGUGGGCCGGGCCCAGCCUCCUGCUUAAGGAAGAGGAGCAAGAAGAGUGGCCACUGAUGUCUGCGCCUGACUGGCUCACAGAACACAGUGUUUAUACAUGGAAGGUUGCUACAAACUGGCCUGUGGGCAUACCAACCAUAUUUGGAAGAUCUGUGGACCUUUUUUUCAAAGAGGAAGAGCUUGCUUUUCCUGUUUUUGAUUUUCACUAGGUUAGCAUGUGGUGCUAGGAUCACAGCUCUCACUGUAAAUGAUUAAAUUUCUUGAUGAGAACAAAGCUUUCUAAGCAUCCCGGAAGAAAACCGUAAGUGAAUGAUUUAUUGAUUUCACUGCAGAAGCAACAACUAGAGAGGUAGUCUUCUCACUUUUAAACUCCUGGAUCCCCAGUUUUUAAAGUCUCUUGAUCUUAAAAUCUCUCCUUCCAUAACCGAUGUCUAUGCAGUAAGUUUAGUGCUUGUCCUUGGGCUCAAAAUGUAUAUGGUAGUCUUGGUCAUCAUUUGUAGAAUAUGAGACGAGAGUUAAGCUCCCACAUAAGAUCUUUCAGGGUCAGGGUCUCAAGGAAGUCUCUGGUCCUGACCCCCAGGGCCUGGCCUUGCAUAAUCGCCCAUUCAUGAUCUAGCCCUGGAAGAAAAAGAGCCCAGAAACCACUCUGAAGAGAUUUAUUCGGCGUCUUCCAUGUUCCUGGCGUGGUGCUGGAGUCCGAAGAUGUGAAGAUGAGUAAGACCUAUCCACACAACGCAGCUAGAGUUUCCUGUUGGCUGAGAGAUGCCAUCUUUAACUUCUCUGCAGUAUUGGGUACUUGUCAGGAACCCCUUUUCGUGGUUACCCUUUGGUGUUAUUAAGGUGACUUGAUUCUCCCAGGAGCUACUCCUUUCAGUAAAAUACUCCUUUCUCUCUCCUUGCUUUUGGAUGGUCUGUAACCGUCUCACCUGCCAUUCUAGAACCUCACCUCUGGAGCAACCACAAAGCUGACUCAGGGCGGAGGUGGUGGGGGGGGCUUGCAAACUGGACAAUGGUUCUUGCCCUGGGAUGAAACCAUAUCAUCGUCAUGAGUUUGGGCCCUGAAGAGAUCCUUGUGAUCUUCUUGCUUCUCUUUAAAUCCCCCAAACACAGGAGAUUAAAAACCAUGGUUUCAGCUCUUCACGGCCCCUGGUGAAGUUGCUGGGCGGAGUGUUCCUGACCAGGCUGUCAUCAGGCUCACCCCACCGAAUCAUCCGGACGGCAUCCUCCAACAGUUCUCUCCUCUGGUAGGAAAAACCUCAGAUGCGCGUAUUAAAAAAUCAGCCAAGUGCUGAAAUGAACCCUUUUCCCUGACUGUUUUCCGGGGCCUUGGACAGCUGCGAUGUUGCCCUGAGGAAGUAGCGGGAUCCACCCUGGGCCCUGAGGCUGGUGUUAGCCCUGCAGCUCGGGUGUGUAGCAGAAGAGAUUUCCCAGGGAGCAAUUUUCCUUUGAAACUAAAUAAUUGUUGUAAAAGGGCAGCUUCAAAAUCAACCGUAGCGCAUAGCGAGUACAGGACCGUUUACGGGGCGAUCAGAGGUGCGGGCUGCAGGGUUCAGCAGAAUCGUUUUCCACGCUCGGCGUCUGGCUUUGGCUUCUACAGACACUGCUUUGUACAUGAUUCAAACAGACUGUGAUCCAUCUUUUUUAAAUACCUUUCAGAUUCUUGGUAAGAUAUAAUUUUGAUAGAUGAUUGCAGAUUUUCCUGUAUUUGUCAGAUUAAUAAAGACUGCAUGAAUCCA